AAUCGGGAUAAUCUUUGCGAUUACAGCAAAAAAAGUAGAUUACGGAAGCAGAAAAAUAAAUAAUACUAUGCGAGGUACAUAAAACAGAGAAAGUGAAGAUCAUCUUAACACAGUGAUUUCUAGGUAUAAAAUUAACAUUUAAGCUGCUGUCACGUCCUUUAAAAAGAGUCUCUCUGGAGAAAGUGAAACAAACACAAUGAACAGUGUAACCCAUGGAAAAUUUCCAGAACCCAGCUGUGUGUCUAUGAAUAGUUAUCAGUCAUUGGAUCCUUCAAUUAACUUCAGUCUAGGAGGCUCUGUUGCAGAUAUGAGUGUAACCCAUGGAAAAUUUCCUGAACCCAGCUGUGUGUCUAUGAAUAGUUAUCAGUCAUUGGAUCCUUCAAUUAACUUCAGUCUAGGAGGCUCUGUUGCAGAUAUGAGAGUGAGAAAGUUGGCAACCCUAAACCUAUCACAUCUGAGGAAACUGAUAAACUAUAAAAACCCAGGAGAUUCAGGAGUGACGCUGCUUUCUGAUCUACUGAAGGAUCCAGACUGUAAACUAGAGACACUAGAUCUGUCUGACUGCAGCAUUGGAGCUGAAAGUUGUGCUGCUUUGGCUUCAGUUCUGAGAUCAAACCUAUCACAUCUGAGAGAAUUGAAUCUGAACAAUAAUAAUCCAGGAGAUUCAGGAGUGAAGCUGCUCUCUGAUCUACUGAAGGAUCCAGACUGUAAACUAAAGAAACUAGAGCUGUUUAAAUGCAGUAUUGGAGAGGAAGGUUGUGCUGCUUUGGCUUCAGCUCUGAGAUCAAACCCAUCACAUCUGAGAGAACUGAAUUUGAACUAUAAUAAUCCAGGAGACUCAGGAGUGAAGCUGCUCUCUGAUUUACUAAAGGAUCCACUCUGUGAACUAAAGAAACUACUUCUGUCUAACUGCAGUAUUGGAGCUGAAGGUUGUGCUGCUUUGACUUCAGCUCUGAGAUCAAACCCAUCACAUCUGAGAGAACUGAAUUUGAACAAUAAUAAACCAGGAGAUUCAGGAGUAAAGCUGCUCUCUGAUCUACUGAAGGAUCCUUACUGUAAACUAGAGAAACUACUGCUAUAUAACUGCAAUAUUGGAGCUGAAGGUUUUGCUGCUUUGGCUUCAGCUCUGAGAUCAAACCCAUCACAUCUGAGAGAACUGAAUCUGAACUAUAAUAAACCAGGAGAUUCAGGAGUGAAGCUGCUGUCUCAUCUAUUGAAGGAUCCACACUGUACACUAGAGACACUAGAUCUGUCUAACUGCAGUAUUGGAGCUAAAGGUUGUACUGCUUUGACUUCAGCUCUGAGAUCAAACCCAUCACAUCUGAGAGAAUUGAAUCUGAACAAUAAUAAUCCAGGAGAUUCAGGAGUGAAGCUGCUCUCUGAUCUACUGAAGGAUUCACACUGUAAACUACAGAAACUAUUUCUGUCUAACUGCAGUAUUGGAUCUGAAGGUUGUGCUGCUUUGGCUUCAUCUCUGAUAUCAAACCCAUCACAUCUGAGAGAACUGAAUCUGAACAAUAAUAAACCAGGUGAUUCAGGAGUGAAGCUGCUCUCUGAUCUACUGAAGGAUCCUUACUGUAAACUAGAGAAACUACUGCUGUAUAACUGCAGUAUUGGAGCUGAAGGUUGUGCUGCCUUGGCUUCAGGUCUGAGAUCAAACCCAUCACAUCUGAGAGAACUGGAUCUGAACUAUAAUAAUCCAGGAGAUUCAGGAGUGAAGCUGCUCUCUGAAAUACUGAAGGAUACAACCUGUAAACUAGAGAAACUACUUAUUGAGCCUAAACGGGAACAAACACCUAUAAAAGCUGCAAAUUACAAUCCAAACAACUGCCUUCUGUCAUGAAGUAAAAGAGCUGCUUAGUGCCCACUACAGGACAAAAGAGCAGAAAUGACCCAGCAGAGCUCAACAUGAGGGACACAACAACACAAAUGCGUAUAAAUAUCUGCAAUUGUGUGUGUUUUUCAAAAUUCUAAAUUUUUUCUCAAUUGCUUGGAUACAAUACAUAAAAAACUUAGAUAAGUUGUUAAUUAAAAAAAUCACCUGUUCAAUAUGACACAACUUAACAUCAAAGUACUACUAUUUCAAAAGGCAAUUCACACAUUACAUUUCAAAUGAAUGUCUAUUAAUUUCCUUACAAAGAUCUAACUAUCAAUUGAUACAACUGCUCAAAAUUAUAAGUAACUGUUGCAUUACUCUUAAUGCAUAGUUGUAUGGAAACAGACAAACAAUCUUCCAUGUUGACUAAAAAUCAUGAAAGUUUUAAGAUAACGAGAUUCAUUGUCACCAAUAAGCGUGGAGCAUGAACAAAUGAGACUAUAAUAUCCAACGAUAAUAAUGUCCAAUGAAAUUUGGGCAAUAUGCCCCCCCCACUUUUCAAAAUCACAAUUUUGUCCCCCCACUUUCAAAGUCGUUUGUUUAGAUUUUUUUUAACUGCACGUUGUCAUCUUCAUGGAUAAACUAGACAAGGAGAGUGGUGAUGGGGUGCCGUAAGGGGGGAUGCUUAAGAUGAUUCUAAUGGCCCAUAGACUUUGGAAGUUCCCACCCAUGGCCUGUGCCGCAUGCGUAUAGCCCCCUUAGCUGGGCCCUCUCUCACUCGCUCUGCCCGUCUUUACUGCGAGUGUUUAGCGUGGUCUCACCAAGCGGAGUGAACUUUUGAAGAGAAAAGUUUGUGUAUAUUUACUUCUGUUUGCUAUGACAUCUAAACAUGUGCAGUUUUUACUAUUA